AAGUGUGGCCAAUGUCCAAAAACGUUCUCCAGGCAACGGGAUGUGGCGCGCCACAUAUCAACAAAACACCAGAAAAAACAGUUUCAUACCUGUAAGAAAUGCGGUACGAGGUUUCCACGUAAAGACACGUUAUUUCGACACAAACGCAACGUU